AUGGAGAGCAGAGCGCAGGCCGUCGAGGCUCUGCUCGCCCGCUCAAGCGGCAAGACGGCCCUCGGCCAUGCUAUCCAAGCCGCCGAAUUGUACAUGGCCGCCGCCGGCGAGGCUUCAACUAAGGCCCAUGCCGCCCGGCUGAGGCGUCGAUGCCACGAGCUCAUUGUCUAUGCCGAGAAGCUCAAGUCGCAGCAAGCGACGCUAUCCCAGUUUAUUGUCCAGCCCGGUAUCCUUGUCCGCGCCUCGCGCCUGCACGGGAACGACUUCCCACCUUGGACCGCGGAACCCCACGACGCCGAGUUCGAGUUGCGGCCCGGUGCGGACCUCUACACAGACGCCGCUACCUUCACUCUCUCGGCGACCCAGGCCGACAAUUUUGCAGCGUGGACUCGCCCAGCCAAGCUUUUCGGGCUGGACCCUGGACGCGACAAGACGAAGGACGAGGACGUCAUGAUGCAGCUCAGUGAUUGCUGUGACCUCGUUCAAGAUAUCACGACCGACUGCUCUGUCGUCGCCAGUCUCUCGGCCGCCGCAAAGGUUUUGGUUGGACGACAUGCCGUCCUCUCCUCCGUCAUGUACCCGUUUGACCACGUCAAAGGACGCCCGAGGCUCUCUGCUUCAGGCAAAUACGUGCUACGCAUGAAUUUCAAUGGCUGUGCAAGGCGCGUUGUGGUAGACGAUCGGCUCCCGGCCUCCCGGACCGAUCGCACCCUCUUCGUCGUCGACCGGCGAAAUCCUUGCUUGCUUUGGCCCGCGCUUCUUGAAAAGGCCUACCUGAAAGUCAGGGGCGGUUACGACUUCCCUGGAAGCAACUCAGGGACGGACUUGUGGGUGCUGACAGGCUGGAUCCCGGAGCAGCUCUUUCUGCAACGUGAAGAUCUUGAUGUCGACGAGACGUGGGCCAGAGUCAAGGCAGCCCACGAAUCCCACGAUGUCGUUGUGACACUGGGUACCGGGCGAAUAUCGGCCGAAGAGGAACGCCUCAUGGGUCUCAUCGGUGAACAUGACUAUGCUGUCGAGGAUCUCAGCCUGUCCGACGGUGGUGCGCGUCGUCUGCUCAUCAAGAAUCCUUGGUGCGACGCACCCCUGGUGAUGGGAACGGAACGGCUUGAACCCCGAGGCUCCAAUGUCCACAACACUACGUGGAUGGCACUCGAGGACGUAGCUCAGCACUUUGAGUCAAUGUAUCUCAACUGGAACCCAGGUUUAUUUUCACAUCGGCAGGAUCACCACUUCGCGUGGGAGAUGCCUCCCAAGAACCUGUGUGCAUCCCUGGUGCGAAAUCCUCAAUACACACUCGUGUCCACUGCCAAGGGGCCGGUUUGGGUUCUAGUCAGCCGUCAUUUCGUGGACGCGGAGCUCGACAUAGCUCGCAAAAGGCGGGGCUCCAUGGCGGCCGUGGCGAGCGAGCUCGGCUUCAUGAGCAUCCUCGUCUUUGAAAACCAAGGCAACAGAGUCCAAGUCAGUGGCGGGGAGAGUUACCGCGGACCGUAUGUUGACUCGCUGCAAACGCUUGCACGCCUUGAAGCCGGCCCCAGGCAGCGCUUCACCAUUGUUGUCGACCAACAAGAAUUGCCCCUGGCUAGCUAUACCUUUACAGUGUCCUUUUUCUCACACGCACCGCUUGAAAUCAAGGCAGCGGAGGAGAAAAUGUCGCAGUUUCAGGAGCAGUCGGGCUCCUGGAGCCGCCGCACCGCUGGUGGGAGCUCCUCGUGUUCGACCUACUACCAGAACCCUCAGUACAGAUUGUCCAUCAGCAAGUCUACCCCCCUGUCCGUCCUUUUGUCCACGGACAACCGUGACGUCCACGUCCACGUCGAUCUUGUCUGGGCUCGUGGGGGACGGGUGACGGCACUACGAGCCAGAAACUUGGUUGCCUCGUCUGGCGAGUACCGUCGAGGAUGCGCCAUGGCCGAGGUGCUCACGUUGGAGCCUGGACACUACACAUUAGUCUGCUCGACGUUCGAGGCGGGCCAGUUGGCUGCCUUUGCGGUGAGAGUGUCGUCCAUGGCACCCGUCACGUUGGAUGCCCUCCCGGCUAACGCCGCGGGCAUGCUUCGGACGCCCCUCACGACAUUGAACCUUGCCCAGGGAGGGGGAAAGAGGCGGGCCCCGUUAAAGGCGUCGUGGUUGACGCGCGCAAGCGUUUCGAUACAUGGCAUCUUGUUGCCCGAUGCAGAAGACGGCGGACGGCAGGCAUCGUCCCUCUUGAUCCGAGUCUCCGUUGUACAUGGCCGGGGCCCGGAGCAAGUCACCAUCGCAGCCUCGGGUGAAGGCCAAUUCCUAGAACCUGCAGCCGACUUGCGGACUGCCGAUUUCGACAUGGAACCGGCCCGCAUACACCGAGAGGGCUUGUGGCUUGUAAUCGAGUGCAUAGGGUCGCACCACGUAGUGUGGGCCAUUGACGGCGAGAUCCUCAGCGACUCGCCUGUCCAAGUCGGUGCAUGGGAGCCGCUAUAG